GAAUCAAUCAACUCUGGUGUUCCACUUGUCACUAUAGCCCUAUUCGGUGAUCAGUUCAAAAAUUCGAGAAUUGCACAGAAGCAUGGAUUUGCAGUUAACCUCAAAAAGGGGGCGUUAAAUGAGGCCUCUAUUGUGGCAGCACUCAAAGAAGUCCUCAACAAUGAGAAGUACUCCCAAAAUGCCAAACGACUCUCGUUAAUGGUGCGUAAGAAGCCAGUCAGUCCGGGACAUUUGCUUGUAAAAUGGACAGAAUUUUUGGCUGAGUUUCAAACGCUCGAUAAUCUCGUUCCAGCAGGAAAUAAUCUGAACUUCUUCCAGUACUUCUCUAUAGAUGUGAUAGAUGGAAUGACGCGUGAACACGAAGUGGUAUCUUCAACACGUGCUAACGACUAUUUCUGA